AUGACUUCCUCAACCUUCCUCUUCCUCUGCGCUGCCAUCGCCGGAUUCAUUCUCCUUCCGGCUUCUGCCUUGUUCCCGGCUGGCUCCCCGGCUGCUAGCUUCGUUUCCAACCCUUGGCUCCCCUUCAAAAAUUUAUCCGGUUGUCGUCACGGCGACGACCGGGCCGGCCUCGCCGCCCUCAAGGACUACCUCCGGCACUUCGGCUACCUCUCCCCGUCCAAUUUCACUGACGCCUUCGACGACGCGCUCGAGGCCGCCAUCCGCACUUACCAGCGCAACUUCGGGCUCAACGUCACCGGCGAGCUCGACUCGGAAACCGUUUCCCAGAUCAUCACCCCUCGCUGCGGCGUCGGCGACUUCAUCAACGGCUCCUCCGCGAUGAACGGCUCCUCGGUCCACGGCCGCAACCUCUACUCUUACUUCCCCGGCACGCCCCGGUGGCCCUUCUGGCGGAGGAGCCUCACGUACGCCAUCGUCUCCACCUCCGACGUCUCCAUCGACCGCGCCGUCUUCAGCGAGGUCCUGGCCAAGGCCUUCCAACGGUGGGCCAACGCCACCACGCUGACGUUCACGGAGACGGAAAACGAGGCCGAAGCGGACCUCCGGGUUGGCUUCUUCCUGGGUUCGCACGGAGACGGGGAGCCGUUCGACGGGCAGCUCGGGACGCUGGCUCACGCGUUCUCGCCGACGGACGGGCGGCUGCACUUCGACGCGGCGGAGGAUUGGGUGGCGCAGGGGGACGUACGGCAGGCGGAUUCCGACGCGGCCGUGGAUUUGGAGUCAGUAGCGGUGCACGAGAUCGGGCACCUGCUGGGGCUGGGCCACUCCACGGUGGCGGAGGCGAUCAUGUACCCGUCGCUGAGGACCCGGACGCGGAAGGUGGUGCUGGCAAACGAUGACGUAGAGGGAAUUCAGAGCCUGUACGGAAGUAACCCCGACUACCAGGGCAGUUCACAGAGCACGCCGGGAUCGGAGGGUGCCACGGAGACGAACGGCGGAGGAGGGGCGGGGAGAGGAUGGGGAUGGGGGUGGCUAAUUUUGACCGCUGUGGUCAUCAGGCUGUGGUUGGACUGAGGACGGGUCGUGGUCGUUGGACAUUUUCUAUUUUACCCGCUUUUUUGCCCUUUUUUUUUAUUUUCAGAAUGAUACACACAUUAUUGUUUAUUUGAUUAGACACCGCACUCGUAGUCAGAUGUACUCUGUGAUCUUAUAUAUACGUAUCCACACUGUACAGCUGUACAAAAUGCAUUAUUGUGAAGUCUCUUCAUUGUUUUUUAUUAUUA